GUGAUCUGUGCUGGCGGCCAUGUCGCUGAAGAUGAAAGAAGUUUAUCUUAAACUUGGUAGUGAGCGCAACAAGUGCGUCAAGUUUCAAAGUGGUGCCGGUACUAGUGAUGUCGACAGUCUGCGUCUGGCCUUAGGCAAGGCUAAAGAAACGGACGCUGAUCUCUGCAGACGAAUGGAUGGAUGCACCGUCGUUUUCCAGAAAUUGAAAAUCAAGAAGUCUACGCAGGAGAAGGUGCUGGUUGAUAUUGACGAUUUGGAAGAUAUCGAGGAUGAAAGUGAUCUCGUGCCAAUCUUCUGCCCGAUUCUAAACUCUCCCAACAUGGAUGGGCCUCUUGUCAUUGGUACCGGAGAAACAACUCUACAAGUGCAGCCUGAUGGCUCUUGUGUGAUUGAAAAUGGACCGUGUGGCACCCCGUCGUCACCUCAAGAUCAUUCAUCGGCCGACUGCUUAGUUUAGACAGCUCUUGUUCACCUUCAGUGAAUAGCAUUGUUCGUCCUAAAAGGGCCCGGAAAGAUCAGAACUGUGCUUUGAUGACUUUGCCUGCUUUGCCUUCAAACCUGAAGGCGAUGAUUGGCAAAGCAAACAGUUGCAUGGAGAAAUUUAUCGCCCACUACGGUCAUUACCUAAGAACUGUAACGGAAGACUUGAUAUCGAAGGCUGAUUACAAAAUUUUCUCCCUGACAAUAAUUAAAGCCCAUCCUGAGCUGUCGGAUCCAACGAAUGUAGAAAACCCUAAUCAUCUGGUGAAAGACAUGUUAAGCAUGUUCGUACGCAAUGCUCGCCGCAAGGACAAGUUUGUUCCUUUAAGUCUGACUGAUGACCAUGAAGAGCCAGCAAGGAAAAAGCAACGCAAGUUCAUCAUGCCGUCUGAAAGUGUGACAUCACGGACGGAGGCAGAAGCUUCAGAAAUGAACAAGCUUCAGGAAGCUCUCAAGGGAAUCGGUCCUAAUGUUGGUGCCACUACUCAUCACACAAGGCUCAUCAGAGAAACGUUUGUUCCAAGACGGGAAUGGAUUUCUCAUCUGCCACCAGACUCUAGUCCAACUUUAAUUAUUCAUGAAUACCCACACUUACAGAAGGUGGACCUUAUCUGCUAUGAGUUUAGUCUCAUGAGGAAGAAGGACGUUUUAUCUCUUCAGUCUGACUUGGGUGAUGCUGUUCAGAGCAUUGCCAACUUCAUCUCGCUACCAUCUCGCACGGAGAGGGAGAGGGCAGACUUUCUUUGUAAACUGUACAAUGACGUCAAGCCAAAGAAUGUCUCGAAGAAGCUGCCCCCCUGCUUCUCAAUUCAACAGUGUCAAGGUGAUCCUGAUGUACACCUCAAGUCAGAAGCCGGUGAGGGAGCAAGACUGGUGUUUUUUUUUGACACUGAAGACAAACUGGGAGCUGCGUUUAUUGUUGGUGACACACUUGCUAUGCCUGUUAACAACCCCACUGUCUGUGGCUCUCUCCUGGCACUUCUUGCGUGUUAUCAUGCUUGGGACCUAACUUAUCCCCCAGCAUUCAAGUGUGUCCUUCUGAUCUUUGACGUUCAUGGUCUCGGUACUAUUACGAAUGAUCUUAAUGGGGCCUUCAAAAAAUUCAAUAUUGAUUAUUCUCGAUUCAAACUUUCUCAGACUUUCUAAACUUUCUAUGUAAUGAAGAAUUAAUUUAAAUUGUAAUUGAUAUCUUCGUAUUUGACGACAUGAGUUUAACUAU